GGCGGAGUUUACGAUAGGCGCGAGGGCAGGGCGGCGGGGGCGGUCCUCCUAACCGGAAAACGUAGUUUUCACAGUCCGCCCGAUCCUCUGGUCUGCAGCAGGUGUGGGCAAGGGCCGGAAGUGGCAGACUACGGAGCACAGUGUUCUGUUCCAUUGUUGGUGUCCCGUCAGGCUGCGUUGGUGGGAAGCCUGGGGGGCGCAGGGGCCGCAGCAGGCGGGCUCUGGACCCAGGCAGCGUGAGUCGCGCGGGCUCCUUUGAGCACUUGAGCCGCUGCCACACACGGACCAUGUUCCUGCUGCGUCUGACUUCUCAGCUGGUCAGGGCUGUUCCCUUGGCAGGCUGCAGUCUGCUCAGGCCCGUCUCAGGGAUGCUUAGCCAUACCUGCAGGCCCCAAUACAUCAGACAGCCAACUGGCCCUAGUAGGGCUGUCUCCCUCCCUGGCAAGGGGAGCCUUCGAGAGCUUGAAGAGAUGCUGGUCCCCAGGAAGAUGUCCAUCAGUCCCCUGGAGAGCUGGCUUACUGCCCACUACCUCCUGCCCAGUCUGGAUGCUGGGGCCCCAGAGACUGUGGCCCCGAGCCAAUUCUAUGAGUGUCCACCUAACCAGGUUGGAGGGGAGAUCAAGCAGGGUGGGGAAAGGGUCCUGGAUAUACCUCGGAUGGAGUGCAAAAAUGUGCUGAAGAUCCGCCGGCGCAAGAUGAACCAUCAUAAGUACCGCAAGUUGGUUAAAAGGACUCGAUUCCUGAGGCGGAAGGUCCGAGAAGGACGCUUGAAACGGAAGCAGAUCAAGUUCGAGAGAGACCUGAGGCGCAUCUGGCUGAAGGCAGGCCUGAAGGAAGCCCCUGCAGGCUGGCAGACUCCAAAGAUCUACCUAAGGGGCAAAUGAGCCCUAUGUCCUCCCCUGCUACUGAUCCGUUGUAAUAAACAUUCAGAGGACUCAGAUGUGCCAGGUUGGCCUGGAA